AUGUCGACGGAGUCGUACGAUUACGAAGAUGCCCUUGAAAGACUAGGAGAACUUCUCAGUGAUAAAUCGGAUAUCGGGAACGUGGCGGUCGCAAAGAUCAAGAAGUUAUUUUGUGAGCUAGAGGAACAUAAAUCCAACAAGUCAUCAGAUGCCAAAGAACGAAUCCAAUCCGGAUUUAUCCAUUUCAAGACCCACAAAUUUUUGAAGAAACCUUCGUUGUACAAUGCACUUGCCAAGAGCCAGGACCCCAAGUUUCUGGUGUUUGCUUGUUCGGAUUCCCGAGUUAGCCCUGCUCACAUCUUGAACUUCCAACCUGGGGAAGCCUUUGAAAUUAGAAACAUUGCAAACAUGGUUCCACUUUUUGACAAGACACAACACUCUGGUACUGGUGCGGCUAUGGAAUAUCCAAUUACAAAACUCAACGUGGAAAACAUUCUGGUGAUUGGUCACAGCCGUUGUGGUGGAAUAGAGGCACUCAUGUCCAUUGAAGAUGAUGCAGCUCCUAAUAAGAGCAUCUUCAUAGAAGACUGGGUCAAGAUCGGUACAGCGGCCAAGAACAGGAUCAAGCAGGACUUUGGAGACCUGAGCUUCGAAGAACAGUGCAGCCUUUGUGAGAAGGAAGCGGUGAACGUUACCUUGGCGAAUCUGUUGUCUUACCCAUUCGUGAGGGAAAGAGUGGAGAAGGGUAAGCUCGCCUUAAGAGGAGCUCACUACGAUUUCGUGAAUGGAACGUUUGAACUUUGGGAACUCGACGUCAAGACCACCCCUGCCUAUACCUUUUCUUAA